AUGGUGGAUAUGACUGCUCAGAUAAGAAUAAUUGAGAGCCUUCUACGUCAGGAGUAGAACAAGGAGUGCGCCGAUUGUAACUCCAAGACUCCAAGAUGGGCUUCCACAACCUUUGGUACGUUCAUUUGCCUGAGAUGCUCCGGAAAGCACAGAGAGCUCCAAGUUCACAUAACAAAAGUGAAAUCCGUGAACUUAGAUAAAUGGCCUGUUGAUCUGCUUGAGAUGUACAAGCACAUGAACAAUGCUUUAUUGAACUGCUACUGGGAGGCAAGACUACCAAGUUCUUAUCAAAAGCCAGGCUAGAAUUCUACCCCAAGCGAGGUUAUGAGUUUUAUUACUUAGAAAUACGUUUAGAAGAAAUGGAUUGAUACUGGUGCUAAAGCGGAUCUGGCUUCUCUCUAUAAGACAGACAAAAAGAAAUUCGAGAAGCUUAAAGCUUCAUACAUCUCUGGCAAAGCUGGUAAGGAUGAAAGUGAAGAAGAGGAAAGUGAAGAUGAGGAGGAGAGAAGAUAAAGAAGAAAGGAUAGGAAGGAAAAAAAGAAGGCAAAGAAGCAAUAGGAUGAGAAACCACAGUAAGAGAAGUUCUAAAAAAUUCAAAAACAAACCUAAAGUAAACCGUCUGCACCCGUUGAAGAUUUAUUCUCUUUCGACUCAGUGCCCCAAAAGAAUCAGAUCCUUAUAGAUGACUUCUCUGAUUUCCAAGAUAGCUAAACAGCAAACACCACCGCUGCUAACAAUGUGUUUAAUAAUAGUAACGCUGGAAACGAUGGCUUUUCUGAUUUCCAGGGAGCUGCUGGACAGUAACACUCUCAAUAAAAUAAUCAAGUUAAUGUGAAUCCUACAUUAAAUAUUUAAAAUCUUUACAACAUGUACAAUCAAAGUCCAAACUUUGUCUAAUAGCAAGCACCAAAUAAUAAAUACUCAGCACUUGAUGCUCUAGGAUAAUAUGGUGCCCCAUCUGUCCAGGGUCCCGCUUAUGGUGGUAUCCAAAAUCCUAAUCAAUAAUUCUAACAAUAAAACUAAAUGAUGCCUGGUUUCGGCUAAUAGUAAGCUUUUGGAGGAAUGCAAUAAAAUAUGGGUGCCUACUAACCAUAAAGACAAGCAGAUCCUUUCGCUGGACUUUAAGGUAGCUAAGGCUAAACCAACAUGUUCUCAGGCAUGAAUAUGACAAUAAAUCUUCAAUAUGGAUAGACCGGCCCAUAGUAUUAAAAUCCUUUGUAACAGCAGCAACAACAGUUUGGUGUAAAUCCAAAUCUAAAUCAAUUUGCAGGAAAUCCUUAAUAAAAUUCUUUUCCAAAUUAAGCCUUUGGAGGUUUGAGUGGAGGUCAUAAUUUCCAUCACCAGCACUCUGCUCCUUAACUGAUAAAACCCAACAAUGCUGCAAACCUAUAUGGAGGCCUAGUAGAUUUGAACAACCUUGGUGGGUAAAAUAAUAUGGGUAGUGCAGGCUUUGGUCAAUCAGGAUUUGGAGGCUUCUAGGGUGGAAUUAGCAACAAUCCAGCUUAGAAGAAGGAUGUGUUCAGUGGCUUACUUAGUGGAUAAUUCUGA